AUGGCAGAUGACAGAGAAAUGGAAGGUCAUCUCGCUGUCAGUGACCUUAAUGAAAGCAUGUCAGAGGAAUCAGCAGAAAGGUCACGGCACUUGGCGGAAUUGAAGGACGAGUGCGACCAGUUGCGUCAAAAGGUCACUGAAGCUGAAACUAAACGGGACGAAUACGCGACCAAAUUCGCAGAGGUCACACAACGGUUAACGACAUUGGCAACGGAGACGUUCAAACUAAGGAAUGAUCUGAAGCUACGGGAGGAAACAGUCAGUACUCUACAACUAGAAUCGAAAGGUCAUCAGGAACGGGCGGACGAAGCUGAGAAGUUGCGCAAUGAUGCAAUCAAAGCGAUGCGAGAGGCAAGAGACAUCACAGCUACUGAAGGAGAACGCCUGAAAGAAGAAAUCAAAAAGGUCAACCAGGAGAAUGAAAAGGUCAUAGAAGACAUUGAAAAGAUCACUAAGGAAGGACUCAAAUGGCAGAAGGAAGCACGGCGACUGGACACGAUGGUCACAACAUUGGAGUUGAAGGACAAAGAGUGGCAACAACAGGUCGCUCAAAAGAGUCAGGAGAUUGCAAAGCUGAACACUGACCUCGUCGAGAUGACCACCACAGCAUUGGCAAAAGAUGAUGAGUUGAUCGCAAUCAAGGAUCAGCUGAGAUCAGCCGCUGAGCAGUAUCAGCAACUCGAAAAUGAAACGAGUGAGCUGGUCGAGCACAUCAAAAAAAUGGAACGGGAAAAUGAAAAGGUCACCCAGCAGGAGUCUUUUAAACUGCAGGAACACUUACGAAAGGUCAACCUGGAAAAUUCUGAUCUAAAGAGGGAAAGAGAAGAACUUCAACUGAGAACUAAACGAUUGGAAGAUGAGAACAAGGCGCUUCAGACGUCUAACAAGCAUAAAGAUGAACAACUCUUACAAUACGGAGUUAAAACGAUGCCGCUACGAACCGGCACCGGUAAGGGGAGUGUUAAAAAUGAAAGAGAUGGCGAAAAGGUCAAAGACGACAAAGAGCCACCUUCGGAAAGUUACCCGCAUAUGAGUCGAGGUGAACCUUCACAAUUUCCCCCGCACAUUGAAACGAAUGUGUUUAUCGACGAAGGACGACGAGACAGACCCCCCAGCCGGCAGGAACGUCCAAGGAAGUCUCGUUAUGGGAAGGCGCAACGAACUCACAAUGAUGAUGAGAGUAGCGAAGAAGACGAGGACCAGGGAGCAGCCAACACAGCGGUACAAUUGACAAAAGCACUCAACUCGAUGGCCAGGAAAACACCCCUCAUGACCUUUGACGGCAGUCGUGACACAGUGAGUGGGUGGACACGAUUGGUGAAAGAAACCCAAAGGACUUACCAGCUGACGGACGACCAAAUCAUGAUUGAGAUAGCAAGCGCGGUGAAAGGUCCUGCCAAAACUUGGUUCGAAGGGGAAAAGGACAUUGCAGCAGAAGACCGGAUUGAAUACUCAAUCACAGAGUGGAUGGACAAAUUCAAAGACGAAUACGGAGAUCGGGAUGAAGAAGUCUUAGGCCUACGUGAGGCCUACGCAAGAAAAUUCGAACUCGGAAAAGAAUCACUUGACCAGUAUUACCAGGCGAUGAUGCGAUUCAAAGCAAAACGGAUUAUCACAGAGAAACAAGCAGUGGGUUUCCUGAUUGAAGGAUGUAGAGGGGAUAACGAACUCUACAAAGCCCUGCGCAUGCAAAAGUGCAAGACGCCAACAGACGUGAAAGAUUUCUUCAGACAUUGGGCCACUGGUGAAGAGAAAUACAAGGCGCCAAAAGGUCAACGCACCCAGGAUUACGUGACGAUCCGCCAAGGUCAAGUUGAAAACGUGCCGCAACAGAGAAUGGCAGCUGCGCCAGCCCAGCAGCCGGUUGAGUACCGCGUGGAGACUCCGGUCAGAGAGGUCACCGAAAAGGUGACCUUUAUCGACAAUUGA